AUGUAUCAGGGUCUGGCCCUCACCCCCAACCAUGGCCAGUCGGCUUAUUCCCACGACUCCAGCAACUUCCUCCACUCGUCGGCCGGCUCGCCCGUCUACGUGCCCACCACGCGGGUGCCCUCCGUGCUGCAGACGCUGCCCUACCUGCAAGGCUGCGAGCCGCACCAGAGCCACCUGGGCAACGCCCCGGGCUGGGGGCAGAGCGGCGGCGAGGCCGCGGCUUUCAACGCGGGCAGCCCCCACCCGCCCUCGGGCUUCUCGUACUCGCACAGCCCGCCGGGCAGCAGCCCCUCGGGCCGCGACGGCGCCUACCAGGGGCCCCUGCUGCUGGGCGGCGGGGGCCGGGAGCAGUACGGCAACGCCUUGGUGCGCUCCGUUAACGGGUCCUACUCCAGCCCCUACCCCGCCUACGUGACCCCCGAGAUACCGCCUUCCUGGACGGCCGGACACUUCGAGAGCAGCGUGCUGCACAGCCUGCAGACCAGGCAGGCGGCCUUGCCCGGCCGCAGGUCUACUUUCGGUAGGUGGCCGCCGCCCUUCAGCGACUACCUGGAGGAGUUCCCCGGGGACGGCCGCGAAUGCGUCAACUGCGGAGCCAUGUCCACCCCGCUCUGGAGGAAGGACGGCACCGGGCACUACCUGUGCAACGCCUGCGGGCUCUACCACAAAAUGAACGGCAUCAACCGGCCGCUCAAGCCGCAGAAGAGGCUGUCUUCCUCGAGACGUGCUGGCCUUUGUUGCACUAACUGCCACACCACCAACACCACGCUGUGGAGGAGGAACGCCGAGGGCGAGCCCGUCUGCAACGCCUGCGGCUUGUACAUGAAGCUCCACGGGGUACCACGACCUCUGGCCAUGAAAAAGGAAAGUAUCCAGACGAGGAAAAGGAAGCCAAAAAACAUUACCAAAGGCAAAGCCUCAACAGGAUCCACGACUUCGGCCACGAACUCCCCUUCUUCCAUCACCACCUCAGACAGCACGGUCACUUUAAAGUCAGAGCCCAGCACAACCUCACCCGUCCCUCCUAACCCCUCUGUUCCCCCGGGGCAGGCACAGAGCCAGUCGGACGAGGCGCUGCCCGGCGAGUUCAAGUUCGAGCCCGAGGACUACAGCUUCUCUGGGGGCAGCAUGGCCCCGCAGCCCGGGCUGAGCGUGCCCCUCCGGCAGGACUCCUGGUGUGCCCUGGCGCUGGCCUAG